AUGUCCGGCUGGCCGCAGCACGCGCCUGAGUCAACAUCUCACCCUUUCGCACCCGCGCACUCGUAUGACCAUCGUCUUGCACUCAACCCAGACGACAUCCCCUGGAGCCAAAUCGAACCCUCGCGAACCUUGGUAUACCACAGCUGCUAUGGGGUCUUUCUGUGUGCUCGAUUGCUCCUACCCUUGGAUUGGAACCGUGCCACGGCGUCGGGUCUAGAAGUUGCUGUUGCGUUGAUGAAACGGCCAGCAAAGGUCAACGUCACGGAUCCAAGAUAUGGCGGCCUUCUAAUUAUGAACCCUGGCGGCCCUGGUGCAUCGGGUGUACAAGCCCUCCUCCAAGCUGGGGAGAAAAUCCAGAACAUCAUUGACGCUGAAAGGGACCCGGGCAUCAAUCUUCAACUUCACGAGACAAAUUCCGACGCUCCCAAGUUUUUCGACGUCAUUAGUUUCGACCCACGCGGAGUAAACCAUACCGUCCCUCGGUUGAACUGCUUCCCGGAUACAUUCAGCCGUCUUGUCUGGUCUCUCGGUGCAGAUGCUGAAGUUUCAUCGGAAGUUCUAACACCGCAUUUGAUGAGAAGUGGAGUCGAUACCUAUCUCGCUCCAAAACAUGAACGGCAACGUGUGCUCGAAUAUACUGAAUGGCGCCGCGGACAAGAAAAAAUAUUGUUCUGGGGGACAUCUUAUGGGACGAUCUUGGGCAGCACUCUCGCAACAAUCUAUCCCCAUCUGAUCCACCGUACGAUACUGGACUCUGUUCUGUCGCCACAAUUCUUCUUCAACGCAUCUCUAGGCGAUAGCCUGGUCCACGCCGAUGAAAUUCUGGCAGAAUUUGCACUGUUUUGCCAUAAGUACGGCUCUCAGAACUGCAAGUUCUAUCGAGAUUCCCAAGAAGCGAUACUCCGAGACAUCGAGUCCAUCACCUUAGAUCUGAUCUCUACUCCGCUUGCUGUACCAGCGUCUUUGUACCGGGGACCCGAGUUAAUCACGUCGACAGACGUGAAAAGGCUGAUUGGCCAAUCACUGUACCGACCUCUCAAUUCAUUUCCAACUCUGGCUCGACUUCUACAAGACGUAUUCGACAAAAAUGGAUCCAGCUUUGCAGAUUACAAGGCGGCCAUGAAAUCAGUCUCGGUGCCUGAUGCCCAGAGCGGCUUAUACAACCUGUCAAUCAGAUGCAAAAUUGACGGGCCUUACACCGCCGCCUGUACCCGGCCAAAUGAAUGGCUCGAGGAGGCCCUCCUGGCCAUCUCUUGCGGAGACGGGUCAAUGGGUGGUACCAUGAGCAAAGAGAAAUUCAGAACUUACUGGAAUUCGGUAAGGAAUCAAAGCAGCGCAAUAGGGGACCUCUGGGCGGAGUGGGAUAUGAUGUGUGUGGGCUGGACAGCAAAGACCCAAUGGAAAUAUGAUGGCCCCUUUUCCGGCAAGACAGCCCACCCUAUUCUACUAACUGGGAACAGCCUGGAUCCGGUCUGUCCCAUUCAGAACGCGCACAAACUCGCCUUAGGCUUCCCCGACUCGGUUGUUUUGACGCAGAACGCCAUAGGACAUGGUAUCCUCAAUGCCCAAUCGGAAUGUACCGAGAAGGCCAUCAGAGCCUACUUUCAGAGCGGACGGCUUCCUCUCCCAAACAGCACCUGCGAGGCGGCGCGGGAGCCUUUCCAAGAGGCCAUGGGAAGCAGCGAGGAAAUGAAAAUGAGACUUUUCAGAUCGCCUUGA